AUGUGCUUGUGGCAAUUAAACCUGGUUGGAAUUUUUAGGGAAAAAUCUUUUAAUCCACAAGUUGUCGUGUUGGUUGUUACUACGAUUGUUCUCAUAAUUCAAAUGAGUGCGGAAUUGGUGAAAAUUGAUAGGCUGAUCUUUGCUAUUGCACUUUCUGCCCUCACUAUGAUAUCAACAUGCCUUGUUAAAAUGUUGUUCGUUAUAAUCAAUCGCAAACGUUUCUUUGAUUUUUUGCAACACUAUCACGAGCUACAGGUUGUUUUGUUGAAAAAUGGUGUUGGAGACGCCAAGAAUGUCCUUGAAAAAAAUCAUUUCAUCGGAAAUCGAAUCUCCAAACUAAACCUUCUGAUUUGCUGGAUUGCCGGAACAAUUUUAAUGCUAAUCGGCUAUUAUUCCUUUGGCAUCUUAUAUUUCACGUGGUGUCCCUGUGAUGAUACGCAAGGCAUUGGAUACUGGGCGAAUCUCAUUUUCCAGAUUUCCAUGACGUUCGAAAUGCUGAUAAUUUAUUGUCCGUACGUCAAUUUGUCGAUUUUGUUCUUUUUGAUGGCAGCCAGUUUGUUCGAUGUGUCAGCAAAUGUGUUUCGCGACACAUUUCUCACGAUUGACGCGUCGUCCGUGGCUCAAAUUGUGGAAGGUAGUGUCGAUGACAAACGCAUUAACGAGGAAUUUCGCUUGUUUGUCGAUUAUCAUCACAAUAGUAUUGCUUUUGUAGGGAAAAUCACUAAUUUAUUGGCCAUUGGAACGGGAUCUGAUGCUAUGACGUGUAUUGUUCAAGCUGUUGCGAUCGCAUUGUCAACGUUCAUGGAAGGUGCUGGAAAAGUUCAAUAUCUCUUCAAUUUCGACUUGGCUGUUUGCAUUUUUCAACGUUUCAUCUUCGAUUUCCUCUCGGAGCGCAUCAACGAAAGCAAUUCCCGUCUUUGUGACUUGAUGUACAGCGUCCCAUGGUAUCGUUUCUCACCAAAAUUGCGUCGCAAGCUCCUCCUGAUGCUGCGCCAAUGUCAAAAAGAGCAAUAUGUCCUAACGGCAAAUUACUUUCCCUUCAGUUUGCGGAACUUUUCCUUCAUUUUCAACAAAAUCUACUCAUUUUAUACCGUUUUACGGGACAUGUUGUAA